AGGUCUAAGUCCAGCUCUUCCUCCCCGCAGGUAACAAGUACGUACCUCGGGCCAUCCUGGUGGACCUGGAGCCGGGCACGAUGGACUCAGUCAGGUCUGGACCAUUCGGCCAGAUCUUCAGGCCCGACAACUUCGUAUUUGGCCAGAGCGGGGCCGGGAACAACUGGGCAAAGGGCCACUACACGGAGGGCGCCGAACUGGUAGACUCAGUCCUGGACGUGGUGAGGAAGGAGUCAGAAAGCUGUGACUGUCUGCAGGGCUUCCAGCUGACCCACUCGCUGGGGGGUGGCCCGGGUCGGGGGAUGGGCACGCUGCUCAUCAGCAAGAUCCGGGAGGAGUACCCAGACCGCAUCAUGAACACCUUCAGCGUGAUGCCCUCGCCCAAGGUGUCGGACACGGUGGUGGAGCCCUACAACGCCACGCUGUCCGUGCACCAGCUGGUGGAGAACACAGAUGAGACCUACUGCAUCGACAACGAGGCCCUGUACGACAUCUGCUUCCGCACCCUGAAACUGACCACGCCCACGUACGGGGACCUCAACCACCUGGUGUCCGCCACCAUGAGCGGGGUCACCACCUGCCUGCGCUUCCCCGGCCAGCUGAACGCGGACCUGCGCAAGCUGGCCGUGAACAUGGUGCCCUUCCCCCGCCUGCACUUCUUCAUCCCCGGCUUCGCCCCGCUCACGGCGCAGGGCAGCCAGCAGUACCGGGCCCUCUCGGUGGCUGAGCUCACCCAGCAGAUGUUUGAUGCCCGCAACACCAUGGCUGCCUGUGACCCCCGGCGCGGCCGCUACUUGACCGUGGCCUGCAUCUUC